CGGGAAGAUUUGAUACGCCUAGCGACGACGACACCGACAACAGCCCUCCAACGGAAUCGCCAGUUCCCUAAUUCAAAAUGACCAAGGGUACCUCGUCUUUCGGAAAGCGCCACAACAAGACGCACACUCUGUGCCGUCGUUGUGGCCAGCGGUCCUUCCACAUCCAGAAGUCGACCUGUGCCAACUGUGGUUACCCUGCCGCUAAGACCCGCAAGUACAACUGGAGCGAGAAGGCCAAGCGCCGCAAGACCACCGGCUCCGGCCGCAUGCGCUCCCUGCGCAACGUCCACCGCCGCUUCCUUAACGGCUUCCAGACUGGUGUCCCCAAGGGCUCCAAGGGUCCCGAGGCUCACUAA